AUGCCCUUAGCGAGGAAGAAGUCGCUUCGCACAUCUCGAACACCACCGAGCCUCAUUGCUAAUCAGUUUGUCUCUCGUUUCAUCGCUUCCGAAAACGCCCUCAUCUGCAGUGGAUGUGUCGCAGUCGAUCCUAAACGACACAAGGUCGCAUUUAUUCACGAUGCAGCCAAGGGCAUCAACCAGCUCCCCAAAGGUAGGAAGAACAUCGGCGAAGACAUCCAUGCCGCUGCAUUACGGGAGACGCAGGAGGAGACGGGCUUGACUGUUACGCCUCUUACCCUUCGGGCUGCCACUCGCGCAACACCCACAGAGGAUAUGCUACGUGAAUACGUGGACCCAGAAGAAAUAAAGCAGGAAACAACUGAAGACGAGGAAGGUUGGGAAGAUGUACAUGAAGACACCAUGGCGAGCUUGCCUGGGGCCAGCGGUUUGACAAAUUGGGUACAACACUGUGAGCCUAUUGGCAUAACUACGCAUCUUUGUGAGGAGACUCUUGCGCACAAGGUGAUUUUUUGGUAUGCUGCACAGGCGGAUUCGACAAUACCUCCGCGGCAGGAUACAAGGGAGCAUUGGGAGCAGCAAUAUGAGUUGAAAUGGGUAGAUGCACGGGAGGCGGCAAAGUUGAUGACGUUUGAGGCAGAUGGCCAAGCGAUUGAGAAGGCACUCUCUGAUAUGCGUCGCUCAGGAUAUGAGAUUUAA